AGCUUCUAGUCCGGCAACGCAAUCAACAGCUGUAUGUCAAGGUUUAUGUAAACACAACACCACAAAAAAAUAUGGAAAAAAUGUCGUUUUUACAAAAGUUUAAUAAAUUAAAACGUAACAAAUCCUUUAAAUAUGGAAUACCCUUUUUAAUUCUAAUGGUUGGAGGUUCAUUUGGUCUACAAGAAUUCACAAAAAUCAGAUAUCAAUUUUCUAAACAACAAACGGUAACACCUGAAGAAUUGGAAGAAUUUGGAAUUGCGAUGAAAAAACGCGAAGAGGUGACCAUAGAUAAGGUGUAUGAAAAAGUUAAGACACUAAAUUUGGAUGAUUGGGAAAAUAAAAGAGGACCCAGACCAUGGGAGGAAAAUUUCAAUACCAAGUAAUCAUAAGUUUAAAUAUAGUCUGUUCGUCCAAUUGCAAGUUAAAUAUUUAUAAUAUUUUGUUUAAAAUGCUAGUAUAAAUAAGUACAUAGUAAAAACUAGCAAGCAAAUGAACUGAUAUAAUUUCGUUGGUCUUAAUGUUAACCUUAUAAAAAAUUAAUAUUGUAAAUAAUUUUAUUAAAUAAAACAUAAUUUCGACAAAAUUUGCAUAAAAAAUAAA